GUCUUGCCGUUGGACCGAGGUGCAUGUCGCAGCGAGAGUGAUCAGGAAUAUUUGCUUAUCUUUGGAUAUUAAAACCGUGGAUUUUUUCGGAAGAUGAUGCAGAAAUCUUGAAAUGAGAGUGUGAGAUGGUAUCACUUCCGAAAGUGAGGAUAAUUAUCACUGCCCCAUUGAUGAAUACGACCAGAACGGGUCUCAGGAAAAGCUGCUGCUGCAUUCAUAAACACUUCUUUAGGACUCACAACAACCCCUGAGCUUUGUUUUGGGGUCAAAAAACACCACUUAUUCCUGUUGUGCACGUGGUUUGGUGAUGGCUGAAAAGGGUAAAAUGAACAUAGAGGAUCUCGGCGGAGUUGUCAGGCUCCGAGAGGAACACGAGAAGGUGGUGAAAGACUGUGAAAGUCGGAUUCUGCACUGGAAUAAGGUGUCAGGUGACUAUGAAGCCCUGAAUGACCGCCUAAAAACUCUUCCAGAUCAGCUGUCUUACGACAUCAUGGUUCCCUUUGGCCCUUUGGCCUUCAUGCCAGGGAAGCUGGUGCACACAAACGAGGUCACAGCGUUGCUCGGCGACAACUGGUUCGCCAAGUGUUCUGCUAAGCAGGCUCAGAAAAUUGUUGAUCACAGGAUGAAAUAUGUGAAGCAUGAGCUUGAUGAUCUGUCGAAGACGAUGAAAAACUUUGAGGCCAGAGUUGGGCUUGUGAAAGAUUUGGAAACCAUGUCAUCCAGCAAAGGGGACUAUGUUGACAUUAGAGAGGAGACCGGAAACAACAACGUGGUCGUCAGCAAAGGGAAGCACAGAAUAGCUCACAAACCAAAUUCUAAGCCCAAAUUGGACGCUGUCUUGGAUUUAAGAGAGGAGGAUGAAGAAAAUAAAGGAGAGGCCGGAGACGGGGGGAGCAGAAAAGGCACCAUGACUGAGGAGGAGUUGUGGGCUAGAUUGGAUGAACUCGAGAAACUGGAGGAGCUACAAGAUGAGCAGGACAGAUUAUACGAUAAUGCAGACAUGAACGGUGAGGACACAUCAUCCCUUUCCUCAGAGGAGGAGAAGGAGGGAGAUGCUGCGCCUCCGGUAAACGGACUGAGUCUGAAGCCAAGCUGGACGUCUGCGCCUCACAGUAAAGCGCCGCCGAGCGCAGACAGGAAGGCGGAAGAAGACGACGAGGAAGAGGAGGGCAGCUGUUUGCCUACCAUCUAUUUCUCACACACAACUGAACCCAAGAAGGUGAGGAUAAACACAGGAAAAAACACCAUGCUGAAGUUCAGUGAAAGGAAAGAGCAAAAGGAACACUCGAAGAGGAAAAAGAAAAACGGCCACAAUAACGGACACUCUCAUCACGAACUUUACAAAAUCACAACACCAACGGACAUCUACAGGUUGUUUGUGGAUGUGAAAAACGGGGAACCCAUCCCCAGAAAGUCUAUCCUAAAGUCUCGUAGCCGAGAGAACAGCGUGUGCAGCGACACGAGCGAGAGCAGCGCGGCAGACUUUGAAGAGCGACGCAUGAUAGGACGCAGCUUCAGCCACGACGAGGCGACGCACAGCGACACCAGUGACGGCAUAACAGAGGAGGACAGUCCCACGGCGGUCCCACUGCACCCCGCAACCAGAUUUGAGGCCUUUUCGGGUACAGUCGUAGAAAAGGACCCAAUGCCUUCUGCUGUCCCUCAUCUGACCAUCGCUCCACCAGCUCUGCCCACAAUACUGGAGAGGAAACACGAGGAGGUGGCGCCUGAUGUCGCCCCGCCCCAGGAAGCCCCGAAAAGGGUGUCAAAGUUUAAAGCUGCCAGGCUGCAGCAGAAGUGACUGUUAACGAGCAAAUAUCCAUAAUUCACAAUAACUGUUGUUUUUUUUUAAGCCUUUGCUUCUUUUCUACAACUGAUAACCGACACAAACAAUCCUCUCCUUUCUGUAACGUGUCUUUCACUUCUAUGCAUACAUGCAGUCAUUUAUUAUGACUGUUGAAGCUCCAAACACUAGCUACGCUGUCUCUUUUGCCUAUUCACUCCCACAGAAUAAAUGGCGAUUAAUAAAUGUCCAUUUUUCUGUGAUUGAUUAAAACGAUUGCUGUCUGUCAUAAGUUUACCCGUCUUCUGCUUCUCUGUUGAUCUAUACUAUCGUGGGUUUAUGUAAAACUCUGGGCUACACUUAGGAUCAGUUGCUUUUUCUUUCUUUUUCCAAGUAUUGAUCAUUAAACAGAAUCAGCUCUCAUUUUACCUUCACUUGACCUGCAUAACGAAUGUAUGUAUUCCUUUGUGACGAGCUUUGUGUAAAGACAAAAAAAGAAUAUUGAUGGAAACUAAAAGGAAAAUAAAUGAUUUUGGCUACGA